AUGGAUGAAACUACCCUCAUGUGCAGCAUCUGCCCUGGGGAGCCCCAGUUCAGCGAUGUUUCCCACCUGUUGACCCAUGCCGCCUCCAAGGCUCAUCUGGCCAACCACUUCAAGCUCAAGCUCCGCACCGACGAUUCCAACUCGAUCGAGCUUCUCAAACAAUACGACGAUUGGUUUGAGGCGAAUGGCUUUGCCAAGCAGCUAGCUGCUCGCAUGGCGAAGAAAGAAAUUCGUAAGAAAAGAACAUCGGAUGGAGAAUUAUCUUCCAAUGCUGCCAAACGCACAAGAAGCCAAGCUCCCAAAGUCGAUUCUGAGGAAUCCAGCACACCUGCAACCACAGUUGCCUCAGUCCCUGACUACCUCGAUCCUCGUCUAGCUGAUUCUCACGAUGACAACCAUCAACAUGUGAAUACAAUCCUCACGCCAACUACGCCAAACCGCUUGAUUGUGGCGAACGGCGAUGCGAAAUCUCGAACUGGUCCGAUCCUGCGCUCUAUGCGAUCGUUGACUGGCACAAAGUCAAACGUGUUGCAGCCGAUGGAUGCUUCUGGACUCGGCGAUGAAAACCGAUCAUUGGCUUUGCCUAUUACACCGGCACAUCGCAAAAACAAACCCAUCCCCUUGGACAGAACCUGGAAUAUCGGAAGAGAUACCCCUGAUCCUUUUAUCGACUCUGGUGAUCAGACUCAGUCAUCUGGUGAUUCUGAGAUUGACAAAGCCCGAGCUGAAGAAAUUGCAAGACUCAAGGGAGUUCUCUGGCCAGGCAUGGACAUUUUUGAUUCCGCUACGCUGCAGAUGCGUCGUCGGCGCAACCAGAAGAAGGAUGGUGCUGCUUUGCAAAUGAUGAUACAAUCUUCUUCGCUUGUGGAGCCAAACGAAAUGGUCUUUUCCCCAGAUGGAACUCUGCUGACGGAGCGUGUGAUCACUGGUAAUGUGGAGGAAUACACUCCACUGAAGGGAGAGACUCCAAUUCCCAAGCGAGGCCUCACUCGUCUCAGGGCCCCACGUUUGACUAAAGCUGAUCCCAACGUCCCCCGUGCUGCGGACAGAAAGCGACAGAAAAUCGACAAUGACCGCAAGAACAUUGAAGAAGAAUCAGUCAAAGAAGAGCAAACUCCUCCCCACCGCGCCCACCAUGCGGUAGACCGUACUCAAUCCUAUGUUGGCGGCGAUGAAGAGUUUGGUCUUACUGUCAACGCCUUUGGCAAACGGCCGAAAGGUGGCUUCAACAUUUUUGUUGAUGAGCAACAGGGAAAAGAGGAGAGUAAGGCAUCUUAUCAGGAACCGGGAUUCACGCAGUUUGACUCAUUGACCCCCACUCGCCUCGUUUUGAACGGAAAGACCAACACUGGCAUUCAUGUCCCGAAAAUUGGUCACGCAUCUGUUGAUAAGGAGAACAUCGAGCCUAUUCUGAACCCUCAAGGCCGAAUUGGCUCACACAAUUGGCCUUCUCCAUUCGCCAAACACACCGACUCUAAUGACAUUGGAUACGGCCUUCCAUACCCUUCUGAUCUUGGUGAUCCAUACGGCAGCAACUUUGACAAGGCUGGAUACCGAUCCAACCCUCUCCAGGCCCCCUUGAAGCACUCUUUUUAUGACAACCAGUACGAAGAGCCGCAUGUUCCAAUCCAGAAUAACUGGCUUUCAAUGGAGCAGGCAGCUCCCUCCGAUGAAACCAUCCCGGAAGACGACCACAUGUUUUCCUCAUACUAUCUGACUACCGAUACAAACUAA